GCAGCCGCGGCGACUAAAGCGGGCAGCUGCUCCGAGCGCCUCCGGGAGGCGAGGAAGCGAGCUUGGCGAAUCGUCACAGUAACCCGAGCGCUGAGCUGGGCGGUCUAGGGCCGUGGGGAGAAGUGGGAGAGCCGGGACGCGGCGUCUUCGUUGGCCCCCAAAGACGGUGCAGGCUGGGCCGGGGGCGCCCAAGAGUGCCGCCGCGCUGAGCGCUGUCGUCUCCUAUCCCGCCGCCCGGGAACACUGGAGGUGUGCGUGGCUGCGGCGGCCGCGGCAAGAGCCGCGAGUCGCGGCCGCCUGCGCUGUGUGUCGCCGGGGCACCGGCGGCGGCGGCGGCCGCGCCCGUGGCUCAGGAUGCGGCCGGGGGGCGCGCUGCUUGCCUUGCUCGCCAGCUUGCUGCUGCUGCUGCGCCUGCUCUCGGGCUCAACCGACUCGCCUGCUCGCCCCAGGCCCACGGAAAGCAGGGAGGUCACCCACGGCACCCCCGCAGCGCUGAGGACGCCCAAGAGCUCGGAGACCCAGCUGACGCGCGCCACAAACAGCACCUAUCUGAACGAGAAGUCGCUCCAGCUGACAGAGAGAUGCACAAGUCUGCAACAUGGCUUCCAGAAGUUAUCUAACAAAACGAAAAGGUAUUCAGAGGAUGACUAUCUUCAGAUUGUCACAAACAUACAGAGCUGUCCAUGGAAACGACAAGUAGAAGAAUAUGAGAAUUUUAGAGCAAAACUUGCUUCCUGUUGCGAUGCUGUCCAAAACUUCAUUGUUUCUCAAAAUAACACUCCAAUUGGAACUAACAUGAGUUAUGAGGUGGAAAGUAAAAAUGAAAUCCUAAUUAGAAAGACCAUUUUUAAUAUGUUUCCAGUGUCACAGCCUUUUGUGGAGCACCGCUACAAUCAGUGUGCAGUGGUUGGAAACGGGGGGAUUCUGAGUAAGUCUCUUGGAGCCGAAAUAGAUAAAUCCGACUUCGUUUUUAGGUGUAACCUGCCCCCAACGACAGGAAAUGUCAGUGAAGAUGUUGGCAGUAAAACCAAUCUUGUGACUGUAAAUCCUAGUAUCAUAAGACUCAAAUACAGGAACUUAAAGGAAAAGAAAGCAGAAUUUCUGGAGGACAUUGCAACCUAUGGAGAUGCAUUCCUUCUUCUGCCAGCGUUUUCCUUCAGGGCCAACACUGGUGCCUCUUUUAAAGUGUACAACACACUGAAAGAAUCUAACGCAAGACAAAAGGUUAUAUAUUUCCACCCCAGGUACCUGAAGAAUCUCGCCCUCUUCUGGAGAACUAAAGGUUUGAUUGAGUAUCGCCUGUCCUCCGGCUUCAUGAUCGCAAGCGCAGCUGUGGAACUGUGUGAGAAUGUGAAACUGUAUGGGUUCUGGCCCUUCUCUAAGACGGUACAGGACACCCCUGUCAGCCAUCACUACUACGACAACAACUUACCCAAACGUGGUUUCCAUGAGAUGCCCAAAGAAUACAGCCAGAUCCUCCAACUUCACAUGAAAGGAAUCCUCCAAUUACAGUUUAACAAAUGUGAAAUAGCCUAAGCAAAAUGACUUAAAAAGAGAGAAUAGUUUUAAUGUAAUGCCAUGGGUGAAUGACAGCGUUUCUGAACACAAAAAUUGGUGAUGGUAGGGUAUAAUAGGAGCAGCCCCCAAAACUUAGUUUGAUCAAAGCUCCCUACUAAGUAUGGAACCUGGGCAACCCAUUCAGUUGUUCUGAUCUUCAAUUUCCCUGACUGUAAAAUGGGGACCAGGAUACCUAACGCAUAUUAGGAAAAUGUGAGCAUCAGUGAAAACUCUUGGCAAAGUAUUUGCCUGAGGCAGGGACUCAAAGUCUUUCUUUUUUUGAUAAUUUCGACCCUUACCAGACUGAUAACAGAAAGUGUUCUCUCUUGGAAACCUUUCUGGAGAGAGCAGCUGAAUUGCCAGCACUCACUGGGGGCCUUUCUCUGGCAGGGCUCUCAGAGUGCGCACCAGAAAAUUAGGUACUUAAGCAGGAGCCCUGAUUAUUCAGGAAUGACAUCCUUCUCUCUGUAUGGUAAUGUGCCUGCUUUUGAUUACAUUCACUUGUGUCAUUCCCUGCAAUGACUUGUGUUGUUUAGAUUUUAGGCCUAUUCUUUUUCUCCUUUAUCAUUUAAAGGAGAAAACAUUUUUAAAUCACUUUUAUAUUGAUUUCCUGCCUCACUCUUAAACCCUUUCCUCUCCCACUGACAGGGUCUAUCUACUUCAAGGAUAUGAAUGGUUACAGUAUCCAGUUCUUCCUACUUGUUGACUUGUCUGUGGGCUCACUUACUCAACUUAUUUUUUAAAACAUCACGGAAGAGCUGCUUCCACCCUAAUAAGCUCUGUGAGCGGGACACAAAGGGGACUGAGCCCUGCAGGAGGAAGCACUUUCACGGCUCACCGUGAUAUGGUGUGGUGCAGGUUCCUUCAGCAGUUAUGAACAAAGCACUGUGUGGGAAUAAUUAAAUCUACCUCAGCAGAAUCUAUAUGAGAGAAGAGGUGAUUUCUGAAUUCGACCCAGCUGAGUUAGGUUUAAUCAAAUGGAGGUAACUCGAGGGAGAGGAACUAUGACAGGGGAGCAAGCUGUCCACUGGCUUCUGAUUCAUCCAAACUAGUACAUUGGAAGGUAGGUCACUGUCUUUGCCCCCAAAAACUGUCCCAUGAGGGUAGGUUACAGAGUCUGAGGGUGCUAGCUGGGGCCACAUCUGUGAAAUGGGAAUAAUACCAACCUGACAGAUUUCAUAGGUAAGUUGUAAGGAUUAAAACACGAAAUCUUCUUUCUCAUAAGGAAAGGUGUAUUAGACAUCAAACUAAAAUGAAGCCUGAGUAGAUAUUGAAUAUCAGCACUUUCACCACACUCCCUUACAUUAUGCUGAUACCUGUUAAUACAGGUCAGCCCUGGAGUUGGCCGGGCUGGGUGGAAAAAGUGAGCGAUAAAGCAAAACAAAAGCACACAAACAAAAACAAAAAGUUUGCCCCUGCAUCUACUGAAUAAGUUAUUUGACUUAAGUAAUUAUGUGCAUACUUUCCUGCUUGUCUUUGUACCAUCACAAGGUGAGCAGAGAGAUGAGUGGAAUAGACUAGGCAGCAUGCCAAAUUAAUUACAGCUCUUAAUUCUAAAUUCUUACUUUAGCCAGAAUAUUGUUUUACUAAAUGUUCACUUGUGAGAACAUUCUGCUGUAAAUUGCUUAUUUUGAUAAAGUACAUCUUUAGUUUGAUAAUAGAUGACAUUUGUGAUGCUAUUCUCAGUUUACUUUUUCAUUUGUUCUUCUGUAACAAAUGAAACC